GCCAAGAACUUAACUCCUCCCACCCUUCCUUCGGAACCCCGCGCACAGCGUUCUCACAGCCCAGUGACACCGAGACCCUCCCAGUACUCCGAUCCCUCGCUUCCGCCGCGCCUCAGACUCCGUCCCUCCACUGCACCCCGGCUCCUUACCUGGACCCCGCCCGUCCGAUGCCGGCUGGGAGCCUCGGCCCUCCCAGCUCCAGCUCCAGGCCGGGGCCGGGUCCCCGCCGCCAGCAGGCCCCACCCCCUCGACCCCCUGCGGCCCGGCCCUCCCCUCGCGUUCCUGUCCCCCUCCCGCCAGGCACCGCAGCCACUUCCGCCCGUCCUCCGGAAGUAGGAACCGGGCAACCGCUGGCUCCUCGCAUCCCGUCCAAUCGCCUGGCCCUUGCCCGCCCAUCAGCACCGCCGCCACGGGAGCACGGGAGACAUCCCUAUUCCUUUGUAAUACCUGAUAAUGUGCAGAACCACUCUCUACCAGGGACUCCCAGUGGCCACAGUAGGCUGAGACUCAGGUGGAAAGCAUGCUUACAUUAAUUAUGCAACCAAUCUGGCCACUUAUUCUUUGAACUCCUAAAGGAUCUUCUCCAAGUAGUUGUUUCUUCUUUGUCCUGGGAGCAGCUUCUCUCAUGUCUAUAAAGCACUUAUAGUUUACAAAUGUUCAUUCUUCCUGUGUGUAAUAGUAAAAGUAACCUUGCAAUCCAGGGCUAAGCUUGUGGAAAACAGCACUCAAAUCUCAGUAGCUUAUAAAGAAAAUUGAUAAUUUUCUCAUGCUAUCAGAUGCAGCACUGCUUCAGGCUAUGGACCAAUUUAGAGUUGUGUCAUUUAUUUCUCUGAUUCUUUUCACCAAUGGCUACCCAACUGAGACUCAACUCAUGAAGGAUGGCAGCAGUGCCAAUUGCAAACAGAAACAAAAUCCUUGGGUGAGAUCCAAGGUCUCAGCCCAAAACUGACACACUAUCAUUUCUACUCACACUCCAUUGGCCAGAGCCCAACCUUAGUGAGGUGAGGGCAUAUGAUCUAUCUUGGUGAAUCUUGUAAAGAGCAAGGAGAGAAAGAACUGUAGGCAAAUAUACCUUAGCUUCCCUUGAGCUUGGUAUAUAUUUGUAUCUAAGGUCUGGCUAAAAGAGUAUGAAAAAUUGUGGUAUACCACUUCUUGCCCUUACUGGUCUAAGAACCACCUUUUCUUUGCAUGCCAGCUGGAAAUUCAAUAGAACUACAGAUACUGGUGGAAUGGCUAUCCUGCAAACCUACCUCUGGCCUGUUACAAGUAUCUUAUUCAUACUUACAGAGUUUGGCAUCUCAGUUAUAGUGCCUUAGAACCAUCACUAGUGUAUAUUUCAUUCAUUCAGCAACUAUUCACUAGAGGUCUUCUUGUGCCAUGGAUCAUGCUUGGCCUUGGAGAAAUGACAAUGAGCAAGAUCAUACUUGGCUGUUUUGUAUCUUGGAUGACACAAAUCUUGGCAUGAAUAAAUUGUAUAGAACUAAA